AUGCAAGAGCCGCCGCUGCCCGCGGAGCCAGGCCCCAGCCCCGUGCCUGCCUUCCUCGGCAAGCUGUGGGCACUGGUGGGAGACCCAGGCACCGACCACCUGAUCCGCUGGAGCCCGAAUGGGACCAGUUUUCUGGUGGGCGACCAGAGCCGCUUUGCCAAGGAAGUGCUGCCCCACUACUUCAAGCACAGCAACAUGGCGAGCUUUGUGCGGCAGCUCAACAUGUAUGGCUUCCGCAAGGUGGUUAGCCUAGAACAGGGCGGCCUGCUCCAGCCCGAGCGCGACCACGUCGAGUUCCAGCAUCCCAGUUUCUUGCGUGGCCGAGAGCAGCUCCUGGAACGCGUGCGGCGCAAGGUGCCUGCGUUGCGCACUGAGGAUCGCUGGCGCCCAGGGGAACUGGGCCGGCUGCUGGAAGAGGUGCAGGCCCUGCGGGGUGUGCAGGAGAGCACCGAGGCACAGCUGCGGGAGCUCAGGCAGCAGAGCGAGGUCCUGUGGAAGGAGGUGCUGGCUCUGCGCCAGAGCCACGGGAGGCAGCGGAAAGCCACAGCUAAGCUGAUCCAGUGCUUCAUUGGGCCCCUUCAGACGGGGUCCUCCAGCGGUGCAGGAGCAAAGAGGAAGCUGUCCCUGAUGCUGGAGGAGGGAGGAUCCUGCCCAAUACCCACCAAGUUCAAUGCCUGCCCCCUAUCAGGUGGUGCCCUGCAGGAGCCCCUCUCUCUCUAUUCGCCCUUCUCAGAGACACCAUUGGGCCUCACAGCCAGUGGCCCCAUCAUGUCUGACAUCCCCGGGGCCACACUGUCCCUGGAAAGGACCUGGCUUCCUGCUUCCAGUGAUACGAGGAGGAAGUCAGGCCUGACACUACUCAAAGAAGAACCAGCCAGCCCCAGGGGGCCUGAUGAGGCUGGGCUAGCCAGGCUGGCUAUGGCCACAGCAGACUUCAGCAGUGACUUCAGCAGGCCGGGCCUACCACGGCUGCCUGUAGCUGUGGUGCAGGCAAUUCUGGAGGGGGGCUGCAGCCCUGAGGGGCCCAGCAGCACCCGACGGCCUGAGCCAAGGGGCCCCAGAGAGGUAGCUGGCAGGGGUUCUCUGGACACGGAGAUUCUGCUGCCUCCAAUGCUGCUGCCAGCCUCCCAUGAAAAUGUGGUGCCUGCAGGCCCCCUUGAAGCGCUGGGCACCACCAGUCUGCUCGGGGGAGAAUGGGGCCUGCAAAACUUGGAGCUGUCCCUGAUACAGCCCUUGGUUCCAGAGGAGGGUGAGACUGAGUUUGCUGUCAAGGGGUUAAACUCUCCAAGCCAAGCCCCGCCGCCCGCCCUUGCCGCCGCAGCUGCUGCCCGCACCCCCACCUCGCCCAACCCUUUCUGCUUUGUCAUCGCCUGCCCGCUGGAGCUGGAGAGCGCAGCGGGGCAGCCUGGAGCGCACCGAACCCGGAGCCCCACCCCACCGCUGGGGGUGGGGGACGGAAACUUGAGUCCAGGCGCCCCGAACCCCGCCCCUCCGCAGUGCUUGGGUGGAGGGGAGAGACGCCCCGGAGAGGAGCUUGAGGGCAGAGGGUCCGUUACAGUUCGGGUACUUGCUGCCCAGUCAAGCCACUCCAAGGGGCCCUAG